GCGUGCAACAAUUCACGGUAAACAGUUUUUUUUUAUUACGUAUUUAUCUUUAACAAAAAAAACCAUUUUUAGUAUCUUGCCCACGAGACGGCUUGCAUUUAUCUUUCAUUAGCAUUCGAAUAAACUUUUACGAUUCUAGGUUGUGCGUUCAUCUAGAAUUUCAGUAUGCAAACAAACGGCUUGGUUAGAUUAUUCUCGCCAAAGUUAUGGUUGAACACCCGAACGACCAACCCAAUAUGGGUCUCCGGAAUCAACACUUCUACUAAUUUGGGUUUUCCGACUGGUCCGUCAGAUAAGCUUCCUGAACGCCCCAAACGGCCUAUCAACGCGUACUUAAGAUUCGUUCAGAACAUCCGGUCAACUUUGCUUGCGAAAAACCCGAAAGCAUCUCCAACCGAUAUUUCUAAGCUGGCUUCAGCUCAAUGGCAAGUUCUGGAUGUGGCAUCCAAGUCGAAACUCGAAGAGGAAUAUAAAGUGGAACAAGCUAUCUGGUUGCAGAAAAAUGCUAAAUAUUUGAGCCAACUGACCGAUCAGCAGAAGGUGGAGAUUCGGCAGGCUCGUUCCGAUAAGGCCGAAGAGAAAACCAAACGUGAUCACAAGAAACGACUAAAGGAACUGGGCAAGCCCAAAAGACCCCUCAACGGAUUUCUUUUGUAUUGUGCGGAGAGAAGACCGAAAAAUUUAACCAAAGAACAAAACAGAGAGCAAAUUAAAAAGCUCGCUGAAGCCUGGUCGAAAUUAGGCGCUGCAGAAAAAGAACCAUACAAUAGUCGGGCAGCCGAUGGCCUUGUUAAGUAUCGGGAAAAUAUGCGUCAGUGGGAAGAUGAAAUGAUAGCGCAGGAUAACAUGGACGUUAUUCGGCGAAAAAACAUCAUCAUCCCUGAGCAACAUCCGACUCACAAGAAAAAAGCUUCCCGCAAAGAAUAGGAAAUCGGGUAUCCCUGUCUGGAACAAGAAACGCCUCCAGAAACCGGUAAUCUAAAGAGCAACGAACUAAGGCAAAAGCCUACCAAAUCGGGCAGGGAUACGGGAACCAAAUUGAUCUCUCCACCGGCAGAGGCAAGUCAGAGUGGAAAGCAACAGCACAGCAUCAAUUAUAGUAACAAAAAUGAGAAAAGCAACGUUGAAAAGAUAACUACAGGAAAGCAUUCAACAGAGCCAUCAACUGAAUCAACCGUUCCUUCGAAAAGUGGUAUCGUUGGCAAGUUGAAAUCCAUUUUCAAAUUUUGACACUGGCUUUCAUGGAUGAAUGGUAUUCUGAUUUGGUUUAUUUUGUGGUGGUAUUUUUAACUAUUGCCAAUUCGAUUCAUCCUUGCUAACCAAAAACUAUGCCACAAUUUAUGAUUACCUUUUCCUUUUUGCAUUGCUUACUUCCAAUCCGUUAAAAACGUUCAUGUUUUUUUUCUAGUAGAUUUUCUCAUUCAUAGAAAUUUCUCAAUACAAUUUGUUUGCCAUACUAGUGUAAA